AUGACGGGCUCACUGAAAGACAAGGUGAACAAUCAGAACGAAAAGGGCUCCAUCUCAAGCGCCGGUUUGGCAACAAAAGAAAUCCCGGAUUCGGAAAUCGGAGAGGUUUUUAAAGUUCAAGAUGGCGGGGAUGAGAAUGCCUUGGAGAGGAACUUCGAUGUGUGGGGUGUUGUUGGAAUUGUUUACUCAUCCAUCGGUACUCCACUCGCUCUUGGCACGUAUCUCUCUACUGUCAUAGGUGUUGGAGGAGCUCCAUUCUUCUUCUACACAUACUUGUUUGCAGGUGUUUUCUCCUUGCUAACGGCCUACUGCAUGGCUGAAUUUGCUUCGGUACAUCCACACUCUUCUGCUUUGGUUUACUGGAGUUAUCUGUACUGUUCUCCAAAGUAUAAUAGAGCACUUGCUUAUCUCAGUGGUAUAUUGUCAUGUGCUUGCUGGAUAUUUGGAAUGACCGCCACUGGCUUCUUUGUUUCUGACCUCGUUUUGGGGUUAGUAUACAUGCAUCAUCCCAACUAUGUGAGCCAGACCUUUCACUACUACUUGGUUUUCUUGGCCGGCGUGAUAUUCGCAGCAGGGGUUAACAUAUUUGGUACGAGACUCAUUCCUCUGAUAUCCCGAGUCGUGAACUACGUUAUCAACCUCGGAACAUUGUUCACUCUUGUGGCACUAUUGGCCAGAGCACACCCAAAGCAAACCGCCGCUUUCGCUUUCAAGGAUGUCACUAACCUGACAGGGUGGAGCUCAAAUGGUGUUGUGUUUUUCAUGAGUAUGUUGCCUACCCUCGCAACCAUUACACUCUUUGACGGAGCAUGUCACAUGACAGAUGAAAUUCCAAACCCCAGAAAAAAUAUUCCAACCGUGAUUACGUAUGGUUAUACUGGUGCGUAUCUCAUUGGAUUGGUUUCAGUUUUGGUUUACAACUUCUGUAUCGUGAACCCAGAAAAUUUGCUUGACCCUGUUGGUGGCAUUCCCCUUUUCCAGCUUUAUGUGGAUUCUUUGCACAAUGAGAAAUUAGCCACCGUAUCUGCGUUGAUAAUAAUUGUGACAUUUCUUCUCGCAAGUAUUGGGAUUGUCACCUCUACCAGCCGUCUCGUCAUGGCCUUUGCAAAUUUCAAAGGUCUACCCUUUGCAAAAGCUAUCGGAUCAGUGAAUACCAGACUUAAUGCGCCUGUAUGGGCAGUGUUGUUUGUUGCAGCCUUGACAUGUUUGAUUGGGCUUCUCAUCUUCGCAUCUACCACAGCACUGAAUGCUGUUUCGGGAAGCUUGGUUGCCACCAUGUAUGUGUCAUAUCUUAUUCCAUUCGGUGCUUUGGUUCUCAAUAAAAACAGAUAUGGAAAGGGGUUGAAACCUCUAUUUGAUCUUGGCAGAUGGGGGAGACCGUUGAACAUUAUAUGUAUUGUUUGGUUUUUAUUUGCGGCAGCCUGGAUGUGUGUACCAUCUUACGUGCCAGUUACCGCUAACACUAUGAACUACACGGUUGCUGUUUUGGGUGCCACCGCCUUUGUUGCUGUUGUGAACUGGUUUGCUUAUGCACGGAAGCACUUUUCUAUUGAUGUUAUCAAGGAGACUGAGAGUGAGGAAGAAAAUGUGGCAGAAAUAAAAGCAGAAUAG